AGGGCUGUUCGACAUCUUUUUUAACAUUUGUUGCCAUCGUGGCAACGCAGCAACUCAUGUAUUUUUGUCUGCUACGAGUGACUUGUUUAUUCUGUGAAAUUUGAAAGUUUGUAUUCAGAUAAAACAAUCACAAAAUUUUAAAUGAUCUAAUUGAUAGGUAUUCUGCAUGAAUACUAAAAAAGGUUCUGUGAGUAGAUGGUGCAAAGUGUCAAAUUGCCGUAACCUGAAAAGUGCAAGUGUAAAACUGUAUAGUUUACCAAAGGAGGGUGUAAGGCGAGACUUGUGGUUGGAGAGAAUGAAUUACAUCAUCCACACCAACUUGAAAAAUAUCUAUGUGUGUUCGGAUCACUUUGUUACAGGAAAGCCGAGUGGAGAAUUCCACAAAAAACAUGUUGAUUGGGCACCCUCUAUAAAUGUGGGAUCAAAUAAGACGAAACAAUUUCUAGAUGGUGAUCAUCAAGUACGUAACAAUGUUGCUUUUGACAAGGCUGAUACACCUCCAUUGAUAGAUGUUGAAACUGCAACUGAAGAUACCUCAAACAGUUUCGAUGAAGAUGUUGCAUUAAUUGAAGAUACACUUCUAAUAAGUGAUUCUCAUCCAAUCCCAUCCUUGAACGAUGUAACAACAAGUACGGAAACUUUUGACAUGACUUCAACUGCCGAUGAUGAAACUAUCAUAACGGUUGAAACCACCUUUGAUGCAUUGCCUGCAUUAAAUAAUUCAAGUCAAUCCAUCAGGGACGUCGAAUUUACUUCCGGUGAUUCAUCACUAACAACUUCAGUUUUCGUGUUCAUCUGUUGUACCCUUACUGUAGUGUGUUUAGGGACACAAACAGAUUACCAUUUUCUUCGUAAUAAUUUAAUCAAACACAACAUUUUCACAAAUGGAGAUUUUCUUUUUUACAAAGGAAGGUACACAAAUUGUAUCUUUUCACUCACUAGGGCCUACUGAUUGAGGUUAUAUUGGAAAGUGCUGUUCUCUGAACUUGACUGUUACUAGGAACGACCGGUAAGUUAUUUUUCUUUGCUUUUGCCGCUGCGGCUGCUACGGCACGAGCAGC